AAUAAUAACAAUGUUAAUAAUAAUAAUGUUAAUAAUAAUAACAAUAACAACAAUGUUAAUAAUAAUAACAAUAUUAACAAUGUUAAUAAUAAUAACAAUAACAACAAUGUUAAUAAUAAUAAAAAUGUUAAUAAUAAUAACAAUAACAACAAUGUUAAUAAUAAUAACAAUAUUAACAAUGUUAAUAAUAAUAACAAUAACAACAAUAUUAAUAAUAAUAAAAAUGUUAAUAAUAAUAACAAUAAUAACAAUGUUAAUAGUAAUAACAAUAUUAACAAUGUUAAUAAUAAUAACAAUAAUAACAAUGUUAAUAAUAAUAACAAUAAUAACAAUGUUAAUAAUAAUAACAUUAAUAACAAUGUUAAUAAUAAUAACAAUAAUAACAAUGUUAAUGAUAAUAACAAUAAUAACAAUGUUAAUAAUAAUAACAAUCAUAACAAUGUUAAUAAUAAUAACAAUAAUAACAAUGUUAAUAAUAAUAAUAAUAACAAUGUUAAUAAUAAUAACAAUAAUAACAAUGUUAAUAAUAAUAACAAUAAUAACAAUGUUAAUAAUAAUAACAAUCAUAACAAUGUUAAUAAUAAUAACAAUGUUAAUAAUAAUAACAAUAAUAACAAUGUUAAUAAUAAUAACAAUGUUAAUAAUAUUAACAGUAAUAACAAUGUUAAUAAUAACAAUGUUAAUAAUAAUAACAAUAUUAACAAUGUUAAUAAUAAUAACAAUAAUAACAAUGUUAAUAAUAAUAACAAUAAUAACAAUGUUAAUGAUAAUAACAAUAAUAACAAUGUUAAUAAUAAUAAAAAUAAUAACAAUGUUAAUAAUAAUAACAACAAUAACAAUGUUAAUAAUAACAAUAAUAACAAUGUUAAUAAUAAUAACAAUAAUAACUAUGUUAAUAAUAAUAAUAACAACGUUAAUAAUAAUUACAAUAAUAACAAUGUUAAUAAUAACAAUGUUAAUAAUAACAAUGUUAAUAAUAACAAUGUUAAUAAUAACAAUGUUAAUAAUAAUAAUGUUAAUAAUAAUAACAAUGUAAAUAAUAAUAACAAUGUUAAUAAUAAGAGGAAUAUUAAUAAUUAUAACAAUGCUAAUAAUAAUAACAAUAAUAACAAUGUUAAUAAUAAUAACAAUAAUAACAAUGUUAAUAAUAAUAACAAUAAUAACAAUGUUAAUAAUAAUAACAAUAAUAACAAUGUUAAUAAUAAUAACAAUAAUAACAAUGUUAAUAAUAAUAACAAUAAUAACAAUGUUAAUAAUAAUAACAAUGUUAAUAAUAAUAACAAUAAUAACAAUGUUAAUAAUAAUGACAAUAGUAACAAUGUUAAUAAUAAUAACAAUAAUAACAAUGUUAAUAAUAAUAACAAUGUUAAUAAUAAUAACAAUGUUAAUAAUAAUAACAAUAAUAACAAUGUAAAUAAUAAUGACAAUAACAACAAUGUUAAUAAUAAUAACAAUAAUAACAAUGUUAAUAAUAAUAACAAUGUUAAUAAUAAUAACAAUGUUAAUAAUAAUAACAAUGUUAAUAAUAAUAACAAUGUUAAUAAUAAUAACAAUGUUAAUAAUAAUAACAAUGUUAAUAAUAAUAACAAUAAUGUUAAUAAUAAUAACAAUAAUAACAAUGUUAAUAAUAAUAACAAUAAUAACAACGUUAAUAAUAAUAACAAUAAUAACAAUGUUAAUAAUAAUAACAAUGUUAAUAAUAAUAACAAUAAUAACAAUGUUAAUAAUAAUAACAAUAAUAACAAUGUUAAUAAUAAUAACAAUAAUAACAAUGUUAAUAAUAAUAAUAACAAUAUUAACAAUAUAAAUAACAAUAAUAACAACGAUAAUAAUAAAAACAAUAAUAACUUUGUUAAUAAUAAUAACAAUAAUAACAAUGUUAAUAAUAAUAACAAUAAUAACAAUAUUAAUAAUAUUAUUAAUAAUAACAAUGUUAAUAAUAAUAAUAAUGUUAAUAAUAAUAACAAUAAUAACAAUGUUAAUAAUAACAAUGUUAAUAAUAAUAAUAAUGUUAAUAAUAAUAAUAACAAUGUUAAUAAUAAUAAUAAUAAUGUUAAUAAUAAUAAUAACAAUGUUAAUAAUAAUAAUAACAAUGUUAAUAAUAAUAACAAUGUUAAUAAUAAUAAUAACAAUGUUAAUAAUAAUAAUAACAAUGUUAAUAAUAAUAAUAACAAUGUUAAUAAUAAUAAUAACAAUGUUAAUAAUAAUAAUAACAAUGUUAAUAAUAAUAAUAACAAUGUUAAUAAUAAUAACAAUAAUAACAAUGUUAUUAAUAUUAACAAUAAAAACAAUGUUAUUAAUAUUAACAAUAAUAAUAAUGUUAAUAAUAAUAACAAUAAUAACAAUGUUAAUAAUAAUAACAUUAAUAACAAUGUUAAUAAUAAUAACAAUAAUAACAAUGUUAAUAAUAAUAACAAUGUUAAUAAUAAUAACAAUAAUAACAAUGUUAAUAAUAAUAACAAUAAUAACAAUGUUAAUAAUAAUAACAAUAAUAACAAUGUUAAUAAUAAUAAUAACAAUAUUAACAAUAAAAAUAACAAUAAUAACAACGAUAAUAAUAAAAACAAUAAUAACUUUGUUAAUAAUAAUAACAAUAAUAACAAUGUUAAUAAUAAUAACAAUAAUAACAAUGUUAAUAAUAUUAUUAAUAAUAACAAUGUUAAUAAUAAUAACAAUGUUAAUAAUAAUAACAAUAAUAACAAUGUUAAUAAUAACAAUGUUAAUAAUAACAAUGUUAAUAAUAACAAUGUUAAUAAUAAUAAUAAUGUUAAUAAUAAUACUAACAAUGUUAAUAAUAAUACUAACAAUGUUAAUAAUAAUAAUAACAAUGUUAAUAAUAAUAAUAACAAUGUUAAUAAUAAUAAUAACAAUGUUAAUAAUAAUAAUAACAAUGUUAAUAAUAAUAAUAAUAACAAUGUUAAUAAUAAUAAUAACAAUGUUAAUAAUAAUAAUAACAAUGUUAAUAAUAAUAAUAACAAUGUUAAUAAUAAUAACAAUGUUAAUAAUAAUAACAAUAAUACCAAUGUUAAUAAUAUUAUUAAUAAUACCAAUGUUAAUAAUAAUAACAAUAAUAACAAUGUUAAUAAUAAUAACAAUAAUAACAAUGUUAAUAAUAAUAAUAAUGUUAAUAAUAAUAAUAAUAAUAAUAAUAAUGUUAAUAAUAAUAAUAAUAAUGUUAAUAAUAAUAAUAAUGUUAAUAAUAAUAAUAAUAAUAAUGUUAAUAAUAAUAAUAAUAAUGUUAAUAAUAAUAAUAAUAAUGUUAAUAAUAAUAAUAAUAAUGUUAAUAAUAAUAAUAAUAAUGUUAAUAAUAAUAAUAAUAAUGUUAAUAAUAAUAAUAAUAAUGUUAAUAAUAAUAACAAUGUUAAUAAUAAUAACAAUGUUAAUAAUAAUAACAAUGUUAAUAAUAAUAACAAUGUUAAUAAUAAUACCAAUGUUAAUAAUAAUACCAAUGUUAAUAAUAAUACCAAUGUUAAUAAUAAUACCAAUGUUAAUAAUAAUAACAAUGUUAAUAAUAAUAACAAUGUUAAUAAUAAUAACAAUGUUAAUAAUAAUCAUAAUAAUGAAAAUAAUGAUAAUAAUGAUAAUUAUGAUAAUAAUGAUAAUAAUGAUAAUGAUAAUAAUGAUAAUGAUAAUAAUGAUAAUGAUAAUAAUGAU